GGCAAGCAUAACAACAGAAUAACUUUGGAAUCAAAAGAUACUAUCCUUCAGGUUUCCCCGAUCAUCGUGGCAUACCACGUUAUUGCGCAGACCCAAAGACUUGAAACACCAUACAUCACGUGAAGAUAAAAACUCCAGACGAUAAACUCAUGUGGGCGAUUUGCGCUUCCUUUUUCCUUGCAUUAUUGCGACCAGCCAAACUUCCCUCAUCUACACUCUUUCACCUCGUCCUCCUCCCCCUCUCAAUUCCAACCCCGCAGUCAUCUCACCUGCGAGGAAGCAUAUACGAACCAUGUCCUCCCCUCUCGUCCUCCUCCCCGGCGACGAAAUCCCGUCCGAAUACCUCCCCUCCACAAGUUCCGCGCCAUUGAGGUUGGGCGCAGGACUCCGUUUGCUCUCGCAACCACAUCCAACCACGAAAUCCUCAUCUACUCCCAGCCAUGUCCUGACCGCCACCCAGGCCGGAAUCCUCUCCACAGACAACAAACGCAACGCCGUUUCGAUUCUAUCCUCCCCGCAUCGCCGCUACAUCCCCACCGCCAACGACUUGGUGAUCGCGCAGAUCCACCACUCGAGCCCCGACUACUUCCACUGUAUGAUCACGCCGCAGGCACCUCAUGCGGUUCUGGGCCAGCUUUCGUUUGAGGGCGCGACGAAGAAGACCCGGCCCAUGCUGAAACAGGGCGAUCUAGUGUAUGCGCGGGUACUGUCUACGGGGCUCGGGGCGGGUGCAGAGGUCGAAUUGGCCUGCGUGAACCCGGCCACGGGCAGAGCGGAACCGGGUGGUCUAGGUCCUUUGAAUGGGGGGAUGGUGUUUGAUGUGUCGACGGGAAUGGCUGCUCGGCUGAUGAAGGCGAGCUCCUCAUCGACAGGCGAACACCAGCAGGAGGGGGUGGCCGGGUUGGUGGUGCUGGAUGAGCUGGGCAAGAAGCUCGAGAAAGCCGGAGGGUUCGAGAUUGCCAUUGGCAGGAAUGGCAAGGUGUGGGUGGACUGUUCAAACUCGGGAGACGCCGCUGUCAAGGCAACGGUAGCAAUCGGUCGAUGCUUGACCACGCUUGACCAGCAUGAGUUAACGGCCGCAGACCAGAAGAAGCUGGUGUCGAGGGUGUUGCGCGAACUGAAGAUCGAGGUGUAAAACUCCCCUCCCCUCGGGGCGUUUUUAUGUGUGUGACGAUAGACUUGAUGACAUUUUACAUUCCAU